AGGCAGGACAGGUUCUCAGUGUGUCUCUCAGUGGUGUGGCGAGAGGCAGGAGUGAGAGGAGCUGCUUCGAUCCUACAUCACUGCCAGGGAGAGAAAAUGAUAUAAGUGACAACCAGGGGAAAAGAAAAAAAAAGUGAGGGUGAGUGACGAGCAGGAACGAAGCAAAGAGAAGCAAUUGACGAUACCUCGGCGGCGCGUGUGAGGAGUGUGGCAGGAAUUCCCGAAAAUAAAGCUGGAAGUGUCACAGGAAAAUAGAACGUGUGGAGUGUUGAGCGAGUGAGAGAGAAAAAAGAAGUCGGGAAACAGAAAAUAAGAGGAGUGAAAAAGGAGGAGGAGAGAUAAAGCAAAUAAAAAUAAAGAUCUGUGCAGGGUAAGUGGAAAAUAAAGCAAAUUGAAAGAUAUAAAGGAGAUAUAUUACUUCAGCAAGGAAUAGCCACCACCACCACCACCACCACUACUGCUACUACCUUCACCACCACCACCACCACCACCACCACCAUGAACCCCGCCAAUAUCCAGCCUACUUUCAUGGGUUUCUACAAUAGUGUCGCCACCUGCUUUAGGAAAUACGCAGCUCCCUUGGCCCCAAAACGCAAGGAGGGGGAGGAGGGCGCUGAGGGGGAGGGGGCGGCGGCUGGGGAGGAGCAGGAGCCUCUCGCCCAGCCUCCUACAGACCCCCAGACGGACGCGGGGGUCGAACCGGAACCCGAGGAGCCAGAACUCCCCAGUGAACCAGAGUUACCCCCUGAUGUCCUCCAUAAACACGACGAGAACAUAGUCUUUAAGAUACUGACGCAGGAGUACAGUGACGCCGCCGUGGAUCUUCUGUGCAACCACUUCUUCAAGGACGAGCCUCUGGGGAAGGCCCUCUACCUGGACAGUCCAAGGGAGGUGGAUCACUGGCUCUCUAAAGUCCUGCCCCAUAUGAUCGACCACGGGGUGUCAGUGAUGGCGAUAGACGAGUCAGCUGAGGGGAGGCUGGUGGGCGUGGCCAUCAACAGCAUCAAGAAGCGAGGAGACGCCCCCGGCCCAGAUGACUUCUUGGCAUGGAUCAACCCACAGAAAGACCCCAAAAUGUUUAAAAUUAUCUCCUUUCUUAGUCAGCUGGCGAGUGACAUCGACUUCUACGGACAAUAUAACGUGGAUAAGUUCCUCAAUUUCGAGCUGCUCAACGUAGACAAGGCUUACGGGGGUCGCGGCAUCGCCUCUAUGCUCGUGCAACAGAGCUGUAACGUGGCACGCAACCAGGGAUUUACUUGCUUGGUGGCAGAAACGACAGGUAUCUUUUCUGCCAAAAUCUUCGGUCGCCACAACUUCAAGACGAUUCGCGAAGUGCAGUACUCUCAGUUCCGCCAGAAUGGACGCAUCGCCUUCCCCAACACGGGCAUCCACACCUCCGCCCGCGUCUCCGUCAAGAUUCUCGACCCCGUUGCCUCCCCCGGCCCGACCCCCUCCGCCACCCCAGGCCCAGGCACCCCCUCUAAACGCUCCUCCAUCGCCUCCACCACCGCCUCCAUCAACAACAGGAUGUCUUAGAUUCAACCGACCUCCACCAUCCGCGCCUCCUCUCUCUCUCUCUCUCUCUCUCUCUCUCUCUCUCUCUCUCUCUCUCUCUCUCUCUCUCUCUCUCUCUCUCUCUCUCUUUCUCUGGUCUUGAUGCUCUUUCUCAUUCCUCCUCCUCCUUAUCUCUUAAAUCAUGUCUCGUCUGCAUUUUCAACAAUCCUCCUCUUGAUCCUCCUUCUCCUCCUCCUCCUGCUUCUCUUUCUCUCAUCGCCGGCUUGUCCUCCUCUCGUCUCUUCCUCCUCUCAUACGUCUGCAAGGAUUUCCUCCCUUCCUCCCAUCUCUAUCCAUAUCAUGCAUUCUCUCUCUCGUCUGGUUCUUUCUCUAAUCUCUUCUUUCCUUUCUUUCUUCUUUUAAUACCAGUCUUCCGUACUUCCUUUUCUUACUCUUUCUUUAUCUAAAGCACACUUCUUUCACUCUCCUUAUAUUCCUCUGUCCCUUCCCUUCGCUCCCUCACCCGAAAAUUUACGAGGAGUUUGCAGGAUGACAAAAAGUUGCUUAAUGAAAUUGAAACAGAAUGGAAGUAAAUGAUCAAACUAUUAAGCCUUCCGAAAAAAAAUAAAUAAAAAAAAUAAAUAAAAAUAACUAAAGAAAACGGACGUGAGGGGCAAGGGAUAGGAAGAGGAUACUGUCUUAUCUUCACUUGCUGUAGUUCAUAGAGGGAGAGAGAAAAAAAUAAGUGAAGUCUUAACUCAAUACUAGAAAGAAGUGUUUUAGUUCCACGUGUAAACAAACCAGUAUUUUCUCUCCAAAGUGAGGAGGAAGAGUGAACAUUACUAGGUUUAGCAAAGAACUUCAUUACCAUAUCCUGUUAUCGAAGAGUAUAAAUAUAUAUACAUACUAUACAUAAACUAUAUAUACAUAGACAAUGUAGGUGAACAGAAAGCGAGAAAGAGUGUGUGUUGAUGUUUUGUAUUCUGUGUCUGACGGAGAUUAUUAUUACUAUCAUCAUUAUUAUCAUUAAGGUGAAAGAUGCUCUUAAAACUUUUGCCUCUUAGUUGAAGGGAAAAACAAGCCGUGAUUCCUCUUACUACAUAGGUGUUUGUGGAAGGUGUUUUUGUCCGAAUGCUUCUUCAUCACCCUGUUCGGGAGGUGUGACUGACUGCCGUACAUGACUUGAGUAGAGCACACACACACACACACACACACACACACACACACACACACACGAAUGUCAUCAUUAUUAUUACCGCUGCAGUUGUUAUUUUACCGGUAAGAAUAUUCUUUGUUAUGUCGUAAAUCGUAAAUUCGUUGUUGUUCAGUGGCAGCCAAAAAGUCUAGUAACUUUGUACAUUUACUUCCACCGUGUUAUGUUUUCUAGUCUUGUCCUCUGAUCUAAUGACAGUCCAAGAUAAUCCAACUGACAGGGUCUUAGCAGAUCAAAGCAGUUAAUAUUGAGGAAAACACUAAACUAUUGGAAUUGAUUGCAGUAUGUUUCCUCAAAGUCUCAAGUCAGUCUAGCAAGAAAACUUAACUGGUGGAUUCUUCGAUCAGAGAACUUACGACUGAGUAAGAACACUAAACUAUUGGAAGUGAGUACGGUACGUUACUCGAUUAUUGGUAGUGACGCAAUGCUAGUCACGUGACGACCCCUGUAGCGGUUGUCGGUUGGUUGCUGUUUGCAGUCAGCAUCCGAGAGUUAAGUUACACCUUGUUGUUAACCUGCUGUGACUUACAACACCGAGACAUCGAUUUCCUUUCGUCUUGCAUCCAAGCUCACCGCGUAG